GAUGAUGAGUGCACUCUGCAGACACAUCUCUGUCUGUAUGUGCCCCCUUUAUCUUUUUCAAAAUUUUCCUAUAAUAAUUAGUUUGACUGUGGUGUAAUCUCCCCCAACCUGAAUUUAAAAAAAGUGUCAAACACAGAUUCACCUGAUCCAGUGUGAGUCUGUGGCUGCAGCCAUGACACGACGGUGGAUUAUUCUGCUCUUUGGCCUGGGUUUGACGAUGGCGAAGCCGAUAGGAGAAACAGUUCUCCAUGUUGAUAAGGGCCGUAACAGGAACAUCCUUCAGAUCAAUAAAGAGGCUGGAAAGCACCUUAUCGAGGGAGACAUUAAAGAGGGUGUGUUGAGAAACACCAUCAUAGGAGAUGAGUAUCGCUGGCCUACAACCGUUCCCUUCUACCUGGACGACAGCCUGGAUGUAAAUGCAAAGGGAGUGAUCCUGAAAACAUUUGAUGAAUUCAGACUCAGGACCUGCAUCGACUUCGCACCAUGGGAAGGAGAAGAGAACUACAUUUCUGUCUUCAAUGACGACGGAUGCUAUUCUUAUGUCGGUAACCAGCAUGUGGGGAAGCAGGAGCUGUCUAUUGGUUGGGGUUGUGAACUCAUAGCAACUGUUGAGCAUGAGUUCCUCCAUGCUCUUGGUUUCUGGCAUGAACAGUCCAGAUCUGACCGUGACGACUACAUUGACAUAAUAUGGAGGAAUAUUGAACCUGAUAACCAGUAUAACUUUGAUCGUGAAAAUGACACUGUAUCCAGUGCUCUGGGCGUUCCCUAUGAUUACAUGUCUGUGAUGCACUAUGAGAAGACAGCCUUCGGCCUGGAGAAUCAGAUCACCAUGCUCCCCAAGAAUCCCCACUAUGUUGAUGUGAUUGGUCAGGAUAUGGGGUUCAGCGCCAGUGACCUUACCAAACUCAGCCGUCUCUACAAGUGUACCACGUCUACAACCUUUGUGGACAGCUGUAGCUUUGACGAUGACAACAUCUGUGGGAUGAUCGACGGUCCUGGAAACAAAAAGUGGGAAUGGCGCGAUUCAGUUGAAGGAGGGCCUGAGUCUGAUUUCACCACCAUGGGACAGCGCGAAGGGAACAGUUACUUCAUGCACUUCAACACUGCAUCCGCUAACCCCGGAGACCAUGCAAUUCUGAGGAGUCGUAUGCUUUACCCCAAACCUGGAGCCCAGUGUCUGCAGUUCUUCCUGUUCAACACAGGGGCAGCUGAUGACACUCUCCAUAUCUGGGUGAGAGAGUAUGACGAGACCAACCCUAAGGGUAAACUGCAACACUUCAAGACGAUCUCAGGAGGUGAAACAGGCGUCUGGAAUCUGUAUCAAGUUAAUAUUAAUGUGGUCAAUAAGGCUCGUGUGAUUUUUGAGGGGGUAAGAGGGAAACAGCCAUCAUCAGGAGGGCUCUCUUUGGACGACAUCAACCUGUCAUCCACCAAGUGUCCUCACCACAUCUGGCCCAUCCGCAACAUCACCAACAUACUGGAAAAUACAGGAGAGAUCAACAGCCCUCGAUUUCUGUCUCCAACCACAGGUUACUCCUUCCAGAUAACAUUGCAGCCAAACGGAUUAGACGAUGAGCUAGGGGAUAUGGGUGUAUUCUUUCACUUGACUUCAGGACCCAAUGAUCACAACCUCAACUGGCCAUGUCCGUGGCACCAGGUAACCAUGACCUUGAUGGAUCAGCAGCCCGACAUCAGACAGCAAAUGAACCAGCACCAUAUGUUGACCACAGACCCCACCUUGAAGUCAGAUGAUGGUACAUACAUGUGGGGAAAUCCUCGUUCAGUGGGCGAAAAGGUGACCGACCCUGAUGGCAGUUCCUUCUACCGUGGUGAAGGCUUGGGAGCAUCUCCCUUUAUCACCAGAACCAGACUGAAGAGCAGAGACUUCAUUAAAGGAGACACUGCCUUUUUCCUCUUCAGUCUGGAAGAUAUCUCCCACCUACUGCUACCCCAGCCUCUUCCCGACAUCGCGUCAGCUGGGGAGUGACGAGAAUGUGAUCAUACAGGACAAGACUGGAUUCAUGGGAGUGGAAACUCCAGUGAAAGUUGACCACCAUUCCAUAAUGUCCUGAUGAAGUAAAAGUGCAAAGCAUCCUAUCUCUAUCCUAUGAGCUACAAAAAUAUUUGUUAUAUCUGUUUUGCAGCUUUAUACAUGUAUUUUAACCAGAUACAGUUCUUUAUGCUUAGAUAAAGAUGUGAAGUUGUUCCAAAACACCUAUCGCAUAAUAUAUAUUAAUCACCUAUUGAUUUUCUAACAACCGCUUUGACUGCAUUGCCAAAAGAAAAAAAAAAAAAAAUAAAUGAAU